CGGGGGCGGCUGGUCUCUCAGCUUAGUCUGGAGGCAGGCUGAAAUCCUUUCCCCUGCGAGCUGUGCUCCGUGGCUCCCUGUGCCUGCCUCUUGGUGCCCCCACGGUGACUGCCGAGCCGAGCUUUCUUACCACGGACCUAGCCCGAGUAGCGAGUCGGCUCGCGGGUAGGUGCUUAACUAACCCCCAGUUGAGUGCUGCUCGGUCCCUCUUCAAACAGCCGCCGCCCUCUCGGGUCCUUCUUUCCAGAACGCCUUCUGCAGGCGUAGGAAGUAAAACGCGUCUUUCUUUCCUGUCGGUUGUAGGAGUGAUGUGGGGACCACCUGUUCGGCGUGACGGAGGAGGAGUGAAACAUCUGAUAACGGGACGAAACAAAACACCUGGUAAAUGGAAGCCAUGAAGAUGUCAAAACGCUUCUUUGCUUUUGGGAUUUUGGCAUGCAUAGCUAUUUAUGUUGCAUACAUAAAAUGGCACUUGGACUCCAAACCAGUCUUAGGAGCAACAGAAGAGAGUGCUGAAAGCAGCAAAGACAGACGGAACCAUCCGGCGGUGACAGCAGAUCUCUCCGUCUUUUAUGGGAUUAUGUUUGAUGCAGGAAGCACCGGAACUCGCGUACAUAUUUUUAAAUUUACACAGCAGCCAAAAGAGACUCCCAAGUUAACCCAUGAGACGUUUAAAGCACUGAAGCCAGGUCUGUCUGCAUAUGCCGAUGAUGUCGAAAAGAGUGGUCAGGGAAUAAAAGAGCUCCUGGAAGUGGCAAAGAAUGAAGUUCCCACGGAGCUGUGGAAGUUCACUCCUCUGGUCCUAAAAGCAACGGCUGGCCUACGGUUGCUGCCAGGAGAGAAGGCUCAGAAGUUGCUGGAUAAGGUGAAGGAGAUUUUUCAGGCUUCCCCCUUCUUCGUGAGGGACAACUGUGUGUCCAUAAUGAAUGGAACUGAUGAAGGUAUUUCAGCCUGGAUCACAAUAAAUUUUUUAACAGGUAGCUUAAAUGAUCCACAGAAGAGAAGCGUAGGAAUGCUGGAUUUGGGCGGUGGAUCAACGCAGAUCACCUUCCUUCCACGCACUGAGGCAGCUCUGCAGACAUCGCCAGCUGGCCAUACGACUUCAUUUCAGAUGUUCAACAAUACCUAUAAGCUGUAUGCAUACAGUUACCUGGGACUCGGGCUGAUGUCAGCAAGGCUCGCGAUUUUAGGAGGAGUUGAGGGAAAACCCUUAGGGGAAGGUGAGGAGCUGAUCAGCCCUUGUUUAUCACCUGGUUUCAAAUCUGAGUGGGAACAUGCUGAGAUAGUGUACAAAAUUAAAGGACAGAAGGCAGGUGAACCUCUGUAUGAGUCUUGUUCUAACAAAGUGGCGAAGAUGCUCUACAAAAAAGUGCAUAAAAUCGAGGAAGUGAAGAAUUUGGAUUUUUAUGCUUUCUCCUAUUACUAUGACUGUGCGGCAGAGGUUGGUCUCAUAGAUAAAGAAAAGGGAGGAAGCCUUACCGUCAGUGACUUUGAAAUUGCAGCUAAAUAUGUAUGUAAGACCAUGGAAAUCGACCCAGGAAGCAGCCCUUUUCUCUGCAUGGACCUCACGUACAUCACCUGGCUCCUGCAAGAACUAGGCUUUGCGAAGAGCCAAGUCUUAAAGCUCGCCCAGAAAAUUGACAACGUCGAAACGAGCUGGGCUCUGGGAGCCACUUUUCAUUACAUCGACUCACUCAACAGCCUGCAGUAUUAAAGCCCCUUGAAGGUGACUUUUGAGAAUCUCAGCUUUCGGAAGACCAACACAGGAGGAUCUGGUAAAGGGCCUGCUUUUGGCUUCCUGAGUUCUUUGGGAGGUUUUUGUACACUAGGACCCUUUCCUUCCCUCCGCCCCGCCAAGCCUCCUUCAUCACUAGCUCUUUUUUACAGUGCGGAGUGCGGGAUCUGAAGAAUAAGCCUUGAUUUUACAGCAUCUGCAGUCGACUUGGUGUAAGCCCAGAUCGUCUUUGAAGGAAAACCAGGACUCUCUGCAGGACAUCUAUGAUCUCUAUGAGAAAAAACACACUUUUGUGGAAUGCGCCUGUACUAUUUGCUUGUGAUGUGCUGAAGUCGGUGUAGGAAAUGGUCGCUCCGGAGAGAGCCCUUCACUGUCCUGA